UCCACGACCACCAUCACCACGGUACACCACCAUCCGGGAGCGGACCAUCGCAGGCAUCUCCCAGCGUCAUCUGUUUGGCAAACACCUGCUUGUGCCCACAAGCAUCAGCCACUCAAGUCGCUUCAUCGAAAAGGCGACCAGCAACACACUGCAACCAACAACGGCGACGUCCAAUACUCUUCGCCGCAGGCCAGCAGCACGCAACAUGGCACUCUCCACUUACUUUGGCUAUACCGGCCUGGCUUUCUUUACAUUCGCCCUGCUUGGCCCACGUUUCAAGGCAACUCGGUUUAUUGCGCGCUAUGCCACUGCCAUUGUCACCAUGAUCGUGUGCGCUUCGUAUGGCGUCUUGGCAUCCCUCGUCUUCAAAGUCAUUGGCCUCAAAUCUCUCAGUCAAUGGACUGUUGCUCGAUCAUUUGAUUUAUUGCUAUCUCCCAUGCUCGGUAUCAGCUUCACCGUGGAGAAUGAGGAGCGCAUGUCAACGCGGCCGGCCAUCUUCAUCUCCAACCACCAAACAGAGCUGGAUGUCUUGAUGCUCGGAAGGAUGUUUCCAAAACACACAUCAGUCACGAGUAAGAAGGAGCUCAAGUAUAUGCCAUUCCUGGGACAAUUCAUGACACUCAGUGGUACUGUCUUUAUUGAUCGCGCAAACCGCAAGAAUGCCGUGGCAUCCUUUGAUACGGCUGUUCGACAAAUCAAGGAGGAAAAGCAAAAUGUUUGGAUCUUCCCAGAAGGCACACGUUCAGCGUUCACAGAAGCGGAUUUGCUGCCCUUCAAAAAAGGAUGCUUCCAUCUCGCCAUUCAAGCAGGCGUGCCGAUUGUCCCGAUUGUUGUUGGCAACUACAGUCAUGUGUUUAGCUGGAAGCGCAAGCAUCUCGAAUCUGGCGUCAUCCCAGUCAAGGUACUCGAACCCAUUGAGACGAAAGAUUUGACAGCUGCCGAUGUUGACAGGCUCGUUGUGGAGGUACGCGAUAAUAUGCUCAAGACCAUCAAGGAGAUGAGUCGAAGAAAGUGAAAAGUUCUCUGCGCUUGACGCUAGACUACAUUCUCGUACUGUCUUUAGUGUUGGUGUUUAUUGUCUAGUCUUGACUGUGGCUCUGAGCACUAGCAGCUGGCCACGUAGCCACGUAGAGGUUCAAUUGCUCCGCCCAA